CAGGUGCUUUAGUUGCUUAGUUCCUUGUGAACUUUUUGCUUUGCUUUGCUUGUAUAAGCAAUUUGCAUUGAGGUACAUUCCCGAGCUUGUCUACUGAUAGAGAUGGCAACGGUUCCCGAGCCGAAGCGGAAGACCUGUUCCUACAGUUUCCACCGUGAGCCGUUGACUCCACUAGUUGAGUUGGGUAGUCUCGUGACAGACGAUCGACUGAAGAGUUUUGUUGGGCGGUACGGAGAUAUCUUGACAGUAUUGAAGACAGUAGUAGAUCCAGUGCCUCUGCAGACACUACUUCAGUUUUAUGACCCAGAGCUUCAUUGUUUCACUUUCCAGGAUUAUCAGUUGGCGCCUACUCUCGAGGAGUACUCUAUUCUGUUGAGUGUUCCUAUCCAGCAUCAGGUUCCUUUCUUGGAUGUGCCCAAGGAGGUUGAUUUCAGAGUUGUUGCCAGAGCUCUCCAUUUGGGUAUCAAGGAAGUCAGUGAUAGUUGGAAGUCCAGUGGGGAUGUCGUAGGAUUGCCUUUGAAGUUUCUGUUGAGGGUAGCUAGAUGUGAAGCCGAAAAGGGGAAUUGGGAAGUUUUUCAUGCACAGCUUGCCACCAUGAUCUAUGGGAUUGUCCUAUUUCCCAGUAUGCCGAAUUUUGUUGACCAUGCAGCUAUCAGUAUCUUCAUUGGAGGGAAUCCAGUCCCUACCCUGUUAGCAGACACUUACUAUGCUAUUCACAGGAUCCCACUUUGA